CUUGUAUCUCUCUCUGUAUCUCUUUUCUGGUUGCGAGUCGUCCAUUGUGUCAAAAGUGUAAAAAACGACAUCUUUUCAUUUUCGCGUAGAACAUCGAUGGUCAAAAUGAUAUUUUGUCGAGAAAAUCGGCAUUUCAUUUACUUUUUAAUAGGAAUUGCAUAAAGGCUGGAAUCAUUUGUAGUUAUUGAACUGUGCCAUCUAAAAGUGAUUUGAUUUAAAACAAGCGACCGACCGGAUUCAAUUUCUCAAGUUGAAAUAAGACACCGUGUGAGUUUCAAGGAAUAGUGAAUAUCAGUUUAGAUAUAUUUUGAGUAAAUGACGAAAAAUCGUAUCGUUUCGCAAAGAUCUCGAGAUAAAUGAACUAGCUCAGUAGAACAAUCAGUGGGAUCUUCCAAAUCCUUAAAUGAGUGUAAAGCACGUAGCACUGGACCAUAUAGGAUAUCAACACCGCCGUCGUCCUCGGGUAUAUCAAUGCGAGGACGAACAGCAGCUACAGCUGGUGGAAUUAUACAAUGACCGAGAAUCAAGCCAAUGAGCAUCUUCGAAAUCAGCAGUGGCAGAAGGCGAAAGAUAUCUACGACCAACUAUUGCACGCGUCCUCUAGCAACUACAAACUUUCUAAAGAACGCACUAUAGCAUGCUUGUACGGUCGAACUGAAUGCUGUUUAGAGUUGAAGAAAUAUGACAACGUUGCCCAAGACUGCCGUCAGUUGCUGAAGCUUCUAAGUGCUAGUGAUGCAGGUACCAGUCGUGCGACGGGUUCCACCAGUCCAAUACCAUCAUCAGCGUCUUCUACUUCUUCAACAACAUCUAAUUCGUCUACACAGAAUGGCCCAACCGCAACAACAGAAUCUAAAGUACGGAAGCGUCUAAUCCAUUCACUAUAUAAGCAACAGAAAUAUGCCGAAGCGGAGGUCAUCCUUCAGGAGUGGGCUACAUGUCACAAACAACAUCAGGACAUCAAUCGUUAUCUGGAAAGAUUACGGUCCGUAUUGAAAAUGGCGUCGGCAAAUUCCUCUCCAACAACAGUUCUUGUCGGCGCAGAUCAAGUGUCAACUCCGGUUGAUUCAACAGCGAUGUCCACAUCAUCGUCGGCAUCAUCUGAUUCUUCAGUUGAUCCGUCUUCGACACCGACGUCGACCGUUUCCUCCCUGUCAUCUCUAAACGAGGAAUACGAGCAGAUUGAGGCCAAACUGGAAAACUUGAUUAUCAACAAUCUCCCUCCAGAUCGGUAUACUAAACAGUUGAACCAAAUCGAAAAUAAUCUGCGAGCGAAUGCUGACUACCAUAAUAAUCACAUCGGUAAAAAUGGUAAUGCGAAUAACGUCGUUCCAAACCAAUCGAAUGAUGACCAAUCAGUUGAAAAAGAAUCAAUUUCAAACGGUAGCAACACAUCAGUUAACGGGAAUGAAGACAGCAAAGAUAGUUCAGUGAACAUAACCAGUAGCAGCGAAAUACCGAGCGGAGACUCGGCUUCUGCAAACACUCAUUCGACUGCAGCUGUAGCGACAUCAUCAUCGGCUUCGAGCUCGACAAGCAAUCCCAAUAUUAACAAUUUCCAGAAGCAACUUGACAAAAUCAGCAACAUCAGCUGUGUUUAUUGUACAAUGGUUUUCGCCGACCGUUCGGAACUAAGAGCUCAUUGUCAGACGGAAAGUCAUCAAAAUAUUAUCAUGUCCGAUGAAGGCCGUGACUGGAAAUGGCGUCCUCCACCCCGCGGAUUCAUUGCCGAAUCAUACACAUUGUGUGAGAAAUUCGUUGACAACCAAGCCUGCCAUUAUGGAAAUCAAUGUGUUGAAGCCCACGGCACAGACGAGCUGAACGAAUGGAAGGAACGCUUCGAGUAUCGUAAGAAAAAAUUGCAACGAGCGCGGGAUAAAGAGUUGUAUGGAAAAAGUUACACCGAACAACUGCUCGAACGGUGGGUUCUGGCACCAAGUCCAGAUAAGGUGAUGAAGGAAAAGAUCGAAGGUGUGGAAGAAUCGUUCUCGCAAGAUCUGGUAACAACGGUAAGCUCGAAAGUCAGCAAACGUGAGUGGACCUUUGUACUGAAGACCCGGAAGCUACUGAAGGCUGUAGCGCUGCUACAAGAUGCGCAUCGCAAUCAUUUUACAAUCAAGCAAAUAUUUCCGGGUGAACCGCGAAGUGGAAGCAUUGGCAAGAAGCUUAGCCAAACAGCUGUUGGCAACAAGGUAGUGGAAGCCGAGCUAACUUCUGACCAGGAAUGGGUCGCACCGUCGGACGCAAAGCAUGAUGUAAUGUACGAAACGAGUCCUCUCCUAGAACACAGAGUGAAGGUCGUUUUCAAUACCGAUAUUUAUGGCACGUUUCGUCAGGCGGUUGUUUUUGAUUUUGGCAGUGAACCCGUGUUGGUUAAACACCUAUGCGUAGACGUGGUCCCAGUAACGGAGGCAGAUAAAAUUCAGGAAAUCCGGAAGGAUGUAGUGAUGUCCACUUCGGAGCGAUGGGAUGAGACCAACUCGGAAAUAGUGGAUUUCACGACGACCAUCAUCCCACACAUGCAAACGCCGGCUUACGCUGCCGACGCGGAACGGGAGAAAGAUCUUCUGCUGAGAUACCCUUUGCCAAAAGCGUCCUCAUUCGUCCUGACACAGUCAACUAUCACCGAAAAGAAACUAACGAAAAAUAAUUACCGCAACCGCAUUCACGAGCUUCUCUAUGUGGAAGAAAUUGCUCGUUAUGAACAAAUCGCACGCUAUAAUCUUCAAACGAAACUAACGAUUGCAACAAAUUAUCUGUUGACACCAAGUGGCAUGGCCACCAGCACGGCCAAAUAUUCUCAUUCGGGUGAACUGUUUGCUCUGAUGAAACUGGGGAAGGAUGUUUCGGAGGACACAUCUGCGGGUCGAUUAAUUCUAAACAAUUGUCAGGCAGUGUUCAUCGCUUCCCGAGAACCAAUUCCACCUGGCGAGAAACGAAAAGUCUACGAGGCUGUCAUUGAGGACAAAGGAAAAAACAUGAUAUAUCUAAAGGUUUCGGCAAAAGCGGUUGCCGGACUAGGUUUGAAGCCAGAAACAGAGUUCACCGCAGAUAUUCAGUUUCAACCGAAUCGAUUGACGUAUUGCGAGUGGCAUCACGCAAUCGACAAAAUUGCGGACUUCAGAAUAAUAUUCCCAGAUAUUUACCUUGAGCCCAGCAUUCCGUGGACACCUCAACGUCAGUGGGACGCAUCGCUUGAUCCGAAACUAAACUCAAAACAGAAAGAAGCAGUCGUAGCGGUUACGACACCGGUUAACAUUGCCCUCCCUCCAAUUUUGCUGAUCGGACCAUUCGGCACAGGCAAAACGUAUACCUUAGCUCAGGCUAUCAAACAGCUGUUGCUGCAAUCUGAUACGAAAAUUCUCAUCUGUACGCAUUCAAAUUCGGCAGCUGAUUUGUACAUUAAAGAUUACCUCCAUCCAUGGGUGGAGGAAGGCAUGGAAGAAGCGAAGCCUCUGAGAGUUUACUACCACAAACGAUGGGUUGCUACGGUCAACAGCAUUGUGCAAAAGUAUUGCCUGAUUGACCUGAACAUAAAUGUGCGCAAUUUCCGUCGACCAACCGUAGAGGACAUCCUAAGACAUCGUAUUGUGGUAGUCACGCUCAACAUUUCGAUGGAACUGGCAUCUCUUGAUCUUCCCAAGGGUCACUUCACUCACAUUUUUCUAGACGAAGCUGCACAAGCAAUGGAAUGCGAGGCGAUUAUGCCACUGGCACUGGCGACCGACAAAACACGAAUCGUGCUUGCCGGUGAUCAUAUGCAGAUGUCUCCGGAGCUAUUCUCAAAUUUUGCAAAAGAAAGGAAACUUCACAUCUCGCUGCUCGAGCGAUUGUACGAUCACUAUCCUAAUGAUUUUCCGUGUAAAAUUCUACUGUGUGAAAACUACCGUGCGCAUGAGGCGAUCAUCAAAUUUACUUCGGAGCUGUUCUACGAACAGAAGCUCAUCGCCUCCGGUAAGCAGCCAAGACACGAAAAAUUCUAUCCGCUGACGUUUUUCACAACGAGAGGAGAAGAUGUUCAAGAUAAGAAUUCAACGGCUUUCUACAAUAAUUCGGAGGUGUACGAGGUGGUCGAAAGAGUGUGUGAAUUGCGAAAGAAGUGGCCCAGCUCGUGGGGGAAGAUAAAUGAUCAGAGCAUAGGAAUCAUGACACCGUAUGCCGAUCAAGUUUUUCGGAUUCGAUCGGAACUCAGAAAGCGGAGAAUGGGUGGAAUCAGUGUGGAAAGAGUGCUCAACGUACAAGGUAAACAGUUUCGAGCGAUUUUCCUCUCAACGGUUAGAACAAGAAGAACAUGUAAUGCGAAUGCGAACGAGAAUAACAAUUCAUCCGAGGAUGUCGAUUAUGGUUUCUUGAGCAACUCUAAGCUGCUCAAUACCGCUAUAACACGCGCUCAAAGUUUGGUUGCUGUCGUCGGUGAUCCGGUAGCACUUUGUUCGAUUGGGCGUUGCAGAAAAGUAUGGGAGCGGUUUAUAGAAAUUUGCUAUCAAAAUAAAAGUUUGUUCGGGAUAACCUGGUCCUUGCUAAGGUCACAACUUGACGGAGUGGAGUUGAAGAAGACCUAUGUUCUGAACCCGUUGGCUCCCGAGUUUAUACCGCGUGCUUUACAAGCCGAGGCAUACCUGAGGGAUCAGGCUAUAACUGCUACAGGACAGUUUCAUCAACAGCCGCCACAUCAUGCACAACAUCCGAACAAUUAUCAUCAUCAAGUGAAUCAAAAUUUUACCGGGGGACCUGCUAUUGCGGCAAGUGGAAUGAUACGUCCAAUGGUUCCACAACAACCUAUGCAGCAGUCACAACCACCUUUCAUAAGUCAUGGUCCUGGAGGACACGCAGGUCAUCCGCCCCUCCCGCAACCGACGCCACAACAGUUCUCUUACCAGAAUCCAAUGUUUUUCUAUCAACAACAACAACAGCAGCAGCAACAGCAACAACAACAGCAACAGCAGCAACAACCUCCACCACCACAACAGCAACCCCAGCAAGCUAUUCGUGGGCCUCCUCCUCAUCCAAAUGCACUUGGGCCACCUGUUCCACCGAAUAUCCCACAGGCAGGACCUGCUGCCUUCCAGCAGAACAAUCCGGCCAAUCUCUGGGGUGCCUCUGGAUCAGCUGGUCAUUUUCCUAUGGUAACGUCUCCUGGUGGAAGGAACACACCUCCUGGAUGGCGCCUUCCUCAGAAAAAUCAAGCGCCACAAAUUCGUCCACAAAUGUCUCAACAUCAACAUAUACCAUUACCAAUGAAUGGGAGACCGCUGAUUCCACCACCAAUGAGAAGUCCAGUAUCCCAGCAACAGCAACAACAACAACAGCAGCAGCUCCCUUCUGUUCCACAAAUGCCUUACUACCAGCAACAGAACAAAGCUCUUCAAAGUUAUGGUCCCUUUCCACACCACUCCCAACAACAUCCUCCAACACUUAACCAUCACCAGCAACAAAAUCAGCCCCACCAACUGCAUCAAAAUCAUAUUCGUCCCAUCCUUGGAGGUCCUAUCAGUCCAAGUUCAUACCAACAACAACAGCAACAGCAACAACAACAACAACAAGCUCAGCAACAGCAACAACAGCAGCAACAGUCGCUAUUUUCUCAGCAAGAUCCAUACUUGUCAAAUUUGUCGAAUGAUUUGAUGGCCUCAAUCACAGCAAGAGCCAACCAGAUGCAGCUUCCUCCAACGCAUCCACAGUCGACAAUUUUGCAUCAGCAGAAUCAAAAGCUAGCCCCCCUUCGGGUAGACGAACGACAUGCGCUCGACAAAGAUAUCCAGUUUCUGCAGAAUGUUCAUUUCCCGGAAAAAAUCGGCCAGGCUCCAACUCAGUCAACUCCCUUGCAGCAGCAGCAACAGCAGCCUCAGCAACACCAUCAUUCCAACACAGCUGCCACCACAACCGACUUCAACCAUUUACUGCCGCCGAAUAUGAGCUUUCUCGAUGUGGCUCUACAGUCGAAAGAAUUCCAAUACCUUUGGUUUAUCAAACUUGUUGAAACACAGGGUCUUGAAGCCGCAAACAAGUUUACCGACAUUCUUAGACAGGUUCCGACGGUGGCACCUUCGAGCGCGCAUCACCCACAGCAACAACAGAAAAAACUAAACCCGGUUCUGCCAUCCCAAGCUGAUAUCAUAUUGGAUAAUAUACUGAAUCCCAGUAAGGAUUUGCUCGGAACAUCUAACUUGCAGCAUCCGCCAAUCAUGCAUCCACAGCAAAACCCCGUGCCUGGAAUUCCCAACGGUAGCUCGCUGCUCGGACCGAACAGUGGCAAAAGUCUGCUAGAAAAUGUUGAUCUUUUCGGGAAUCUGUCAUCCUCCCUACAGACGGAAAUACCACUCAUCAGUUCGAAUGUUGCGUGCCCGUCUGCCCAGCAGUCGGUGCCACUGUAUCGCCGUCAAGCCGGACAGAACUACCAAAACAGUACCGCAUCGUCAUCUAAUGCCCAAUCGGUAGCAUCAUCCACUCCGGACCUGCUAGAUAAUCAUCUCCAGCAGUCACUAUUCGACUCUCUAGAGAACAAAAUGCACUCGAGCAGUAUUAUGUUGUUUGGAAAUCAAACCCAGAGCCAACUUACCGGAGAGCAAAUAAGUGGCUUUCAAGGGUUUACCUCUAUCCAUAAUAUAGCCGCUGGUUUGAUGCAUCAACAGCACAACCUUAACAAUCGUGAAUUCUUGCAUCAUCUGCAGCAGCAGCAACAGCAGCAACAACAGCAGCAGCAUCAGCAGCAUCAGCAGCACCAGCACCAGCACCAGCAACAGCAACAUCUGAACGAUAGUCGUAAUUCAACGGCUAGCAGCGUGGAAGAGAUGCUGAGCCGUCAAAAUCAAACUUACGCCAGUGUGCUCAGUCAGGGAGGCGGGUUUGCCCAGUCCAACAAACAGCUUGACCCAUCGAAAGAUGACGCUGGAAGUGGGGCCGAUGGCAGCGCCGGGUCUGCCAACAUUGGGGAUCCGUUUGCCAAUCUCCGGGAUCUAGGCAGGAAGAGUAAUGGCUUCUACAACUACUUUCAGUAAACACAGAGCAAACACGGGCGGGAUGGGAUGAGUUUAUUUUGUGUGCGGUUUAAACAUGGUGAUAACUAUUCUCUGUAAAACAGUCUAUACAAUAUAUGAGUAUAUAUGGAUCGGAUUGGUGGAAACAUCCCGAGAGUGCGAAAGCGAGAGAGAGAGAUAAAAUAACUGGCGUUGAAUUGGGGAGGUAAUCAUCAGAAAUAAGUGCAUUUGAGGUCAAAUGAUGGUAAUUUUAAUUCUUUGUAUCAUUUGUAUUGGAAAUAUGUAUUAUUCAAAUUGUCCCAUUCUAGCAAAAUUUAGGAUUGUAUCUCUCUGAACUGUAAUAAUACUAUGAAAACACGAAGCGCUAUGACUUCUCUGUCAAUCUUUCGAUUUUGUUUUUUUUUCGAACAUGAUCGUUUGACUAUAUAGCACACAUCAUUUGUGAUGAUUUCCCCUUCAUUUCAAUUUUUAUAGUAUAAUUUUAAUCUAUUGAGUAAAAUAGGAGGGGAUUGGUAAACAUCAAAGUGAAGGUUGAUGGUUUACGGAAGAGUAAAGUAUAAAUUGAUAGAAGAAAAAGAAAAAGAGAAAAUUAACAAAAAAAAAAUGAAAAAGAACAUUAAAAAUCCAAAAAGUUAUGUCUACUUAUAUUUAUCUAAACACUUAUAUAACACAGUACUAUUAAUAAUUUAUAAAAAUAAAAUGAAAAAGGAGAACAAAAUCCACAAAAAAUUCAAACUAUAUUAUAUUACAUUGGUUGGAAUAGAAAACCAACUCAAACAUUAGUAAUCUAAUCUUGCUUUAGUCUCCGAUACUUAGCCAAUCAUACGAAUAUUCGGUCUUUUUUCGCGUACUAAAUAAUUUGAUUUUCCUUUUUAUCCAAGAUGUGGUUUCGAAAAUGUGAGCAGCUCACCUCUCGCCCCGGUUUUAACAACAAUUGUAUGUUUUCUUUAUGAUUGGUUCAAAACAAACAAAACCGACAGUGAUAUAAUUGUAACGAAUCUUUUCGAGUGUCAAUAAAGAAGGAGACACCGUUUUCACCUAAAAUUAUUUCCGGCCCUUAGGGCCUACGAUGAAAGGCUACACUUAAUGACGCGAAACAAAUUUGGUUAUUGAACUUAUUAUUUCUGCUGCAUCCAGUAUUCAGAGAUGUCAACUGUUUUUCAUUUUUGUUUUUUUUUUCAAAUUGAAUGAAACUAAUCUAAAAAAAGCUCUCAUUUUUUAUAAUACUUUGCAGAUAAUGAACAUAUGAAGAAAAAAAAACAAAAAAAAUAAACAUAAAGAGUAGAAAAAUAUAAAUGUGAACAUAAUAGCAAUUACUGAUGAUUAGCUUGCUUGGAUUCCUUAAUGUUUGUUACAUGGUUGCAAAGACACGACUUGGUGGAAUAAAAUAUUAUAAUUGAGGGCCUUAGAAUGCAAGGGGUGUAAGUGACUUGAUCGAUUUCUCUUCAUCAAGUUUUUCUUUAGUUAAUAACUCAACUGCAAAAAAGUUCCAAUUUAAGUUCGCUAUAGAAUCCGAUAGAUGAGGUUCUGAACUAUCUUCCACAUUGUCAAAUACAACUGGGAAUGUAUUUGCAGCUAAGUUAUGACCAGAAGAGAGAGUCGAUGUAGAGAAAUCGAUCAAAUCACUUACACCCCUUUCAUUCUAAGCCCCUCAAUUACAAGCCAACAUUUAAAGAUGCAUCAUCACAGCGGGUCAGGCAAACCACCAGUUUAGACAUAAAAAUCGUUCCUUCUUUGGUUAUAUUAGCACAUAAAAUGUUUUGUGUUAUAUUUUGCACUCAAGAAUUUGACUAUCUUGGAAGAAAAAAAAUCAAUACAACUGCACAUUAUGCGUGCAGACUGAGGAUUCGAGGCCACUUCUUCAACAUCAGCAUUAUCAACGUCCACAGAACGAGAACGUUUCUACAUGUGUGCAGAACCUACUGGAACUUGCCGGCGAUAAAAAUCAUUUAUUGAUUGUUGGGGAUUCCAAUCUUUCUCACUUACGUUGGAUGUAUGAUGAGGGCAUUAACUCUUUGUUGCCGGUUAAUGUUUCUUCCGAGCAGGAGAUUACCUUAAUAGAAUCGGUUGUAGGCUGCACUCUCUAUCAGAUUGAUGAUCUGACAAACGUAUAUGAGAGGCUACUUGAUUUGGUGUUCAAUGAGAACAAGAAUGUCGAUUUGUUCGAGCCAUCGUUGCCAAUGCUCAACAUCGAACCUCAUCAUAAACCCUUCGUUUUAAAACUCGAAUCCACUAGUGUAAGUGCCAACUUGAACAUUUUGAUUUUCAUCAAUAUGAUUUUGCGUCGCUUGAUUCAAUGAUCUUCGCUGUUCAUUGGGACGAAUGUCUGAACGGAUGCACUAUCGAUGAGGCUGUCUCAAAUUUUUAUCAACGAGUGCUUUCAAUAGUCCUUGAUGUCGUUCCAUUAAAGAAACGACGCUAAUGCGGUGGAAAGAGACACCCUUUGUAGAACAACGAGUUGUAUCUACGGAAUCGUCUUCGCAAAGUUAGAAAACGUUAUCUUCGAUCGAGAAGUGAACUGCGUAAAGUUGAGCUGGGUGACUUAGAGAGCGAGUACAACUCUUUGCAUGCGCGAUGCUUUAGGAGCUAUAUUCAUCGCACAGAAGAAAGUAUAAAACAGAAUCCCAAAUCGUUCUGGUCCUACGUGAGGAAUCAAAAUAGAAGAGUUCCCCGGCAUGUAUUCUACAAUGGAAUUGCAGCCGAAACUCCACUCGACUCAGCAAACUUGUUCUCGUCUUUCUAAGUAAUAACCGAUCACCUUCGUCUGAAGCGUACCCGAACAGUUUGCCUUGAUAUGAAUUGAGCGUGGCGCCUUUCAAGAUUUCUGCCGAUGGUGUGCUGAACAAACUGAAACACUGAAAGAUGUUACCAAAGGCGCGGGACCAGAUCGCCUACCUCCGCUAUUUAUGAAAAACUGUGCGGACUCAAUUAUCAUUCCCGCUAUCAUCCUCUUCAAUCGUACCUUGAAAGAGGGUAUUUUCACAAAAUUUUGGAAAACUGUUGCUGUCACUCCGAUGCACAAUACAUAUAUGGCAGUAUACAUAACUUCCAUUUAUGGAGGAUCAUGGACGAACACGACGUUCCACGAGAGCUGAGAUAACUGGUUCAGGCUACGAUGAACGGAGUGCGGGGUAGUGUGCCGAUCUCAGGCGAUCUGUCGGAAUCGUAUGAGACUUCAACAAGGCGAUGAACGGUCCUGUCUGUGGCGCUGGAAGGUGUUAUGCAGAAGGCGGGUUUUAACAUGACGAUCUGUCGGAAUCGUAUGAGGCUCACAGGGGACUUCGACAAGGCGAUGGACUCUCCUAUCUGCUCUUCACUGUGGCGUUGGCGUCUGGCAAACUGUUAUGCGGACUUCAAUGCGUCUAGUAAAUUUAUCUGCUUCACCGACGACGUGGACAUAAUCGGAGGAACACAUGCGACGGUAUAGGACUUGUAUACCCGACUGAAACACGAAGCAGGAUUGAUUGGGCUCGUGAUCAAUGCGUCUAAGACUAAACACAUGCUAGCAGGAGGGACUAAUCGCAACAGAAUUCUUCUUGGUAAUAGUGUUGUGAUCGACGGCAACGAGCUCGAGAUGAUCGAGGAAUUUAUCUACAUUGGCUCGUUGAUAAUAACUGACAGAAACAACGGCUGUGGAAUUGGAAGACGCAUAGUCAAUGGAUUUGCCCUACUAUGGGCUCCGCAAAUCUUUAAGGUCCAACAAACUCCGACCCCGUACGAAGUGUACUAUAUUGAAAUCCCUGAUUCUACUGAUUGUUCUCUGUGGGCACGAAUCAUAGACGAUGCUCGAGAAGGACUCAAAAGACAGCAGGACAGCAUUUGGUGUUUUCGAACGCCGAGUGCUCAGAACAAUAUACAGCGGUGUACAGAAAAACGGAGUAUGGAGAAGGAGAAUGAACCACAAAUCAGCGCAAUUCUACGGCGAACCCAGCAUCCAGAAAGUUGCCAAGGCUGGACGAGUUAGAUGGGUAAGGCAUGUUGCAAGAUUGCCGGAGAGCAGUAAUACAAAGAUGGUGUUCACAUCGAAUCCGGUGGAAACAAGAAUAAGAAGAGGCCAGCGUGUGAUGUGGUUAGAUCAGGUGGAGCAGGACUUGACAAAAAUCGGUGCGGUUGAGAGUUGGAAAACUGCAGCAACGGACCGAGUUCAUUGACGGAACAAUGUUGUGAAUAAGAUCCAAUCUCUUCAUGGGAUGUAGCAUCAUUGUAAAUAAAUAAAUAACGCAUUAUGCGAAGAAUUGAAUUUAAAGACUGAAUUUGAUAGAAAAUCUUCUAUACAUACCUAUAACAAUACAGCUACGCAUCUUUUCCAAGGGCAAAACAACAUUGUGAGAUUGUUUGCUUCAUUUAAACGAUGUCGAUUCUCUUCAAAUUGAAUUCAUUAGAUGAGUUUAUUGAACCCUUAUUCCUUUGGUAUUGGAAUUCGAAAAUAUGAGAAACUAGUAUUUGCCAUACCGUGAUCAAACAAUAAGGAAAACAAAUAAAUGGUCACAUGUAGAAAUUAACAUCUAUCAACAAAUUAUACUGUAACACAGAAAAAAACAAAUAAAAACCAACAAAAAAAACACAAAAACUUUAAAAAAUUCAAAAAACUAUUAUUGAUGAGUAUUAGCGAUUAAUGUAAUUGUAUAUGGAUAAGAUUAAAAAUAUAUAUUAGAUACAACAUAAAUAAAAAUUAAACAAGAAGAUGCAAAACGUAUAUUUCAAAUAAAAAUCUGAAAAAAAGUCAUAUGAACAUACUUUUACGGGACAAAAAGGAAAACAAACUCUUAAAGAGAAGUACGAAUGAAACAUUAUUGUGUUAAUGUGACCACUUUUACAGAGGCAGUCUCGAUACAAAUAUUAUCAUUGAAGCACCCGAGCGAAAUGUAGUAUUUAAAACCAAACUGAUUAAGGAUUUCCUUCUGAGUCUCUGAUAUUGCCUGAUAUUUCCAAGCAGUUAAAGAAAAAUAUGCACUAUUCACAUACUUUUAAUAGUGUGCUACAAUUUCUGCUGCUAUUAUGGAGCUCUGGUAUAUGAAUUUAUGACCCAUGAGUUGUGGAAUUACUUCUAGCUGUUGUCCAAUUUUUCGGACACCUCGUUCUCUCCAUGAACACUUUCUUGGCCCGUCAGACCUAUCCGACUUGGCUUGGCAGACAAUAUUUUAUUGACCAAAUUGUAGCUCUCCUAGUUAGUGUUUUUGGAUGAUAAACUUCGUGCAAAGUCUUAUGGUGCAUAUAAGAAAAAGCUUCCAAUUUCAUUCUAAAGAAAAAAUAUUAACGUUCAAAUAAGUGUAAUGAAAAGAAUUUCUUCAACGAGUAAUGUUGAGAGUUUCGGAAAAGCAUCCAAGUCCUAACAAAAAUGACACAAAAAUAAUACGUUACGUUGAAAGAUUCGACUCAGAAGGGAAAACUCCUAAAUACCCAGCCCCAGGCAAAUUAUGCUAUUAUUUCGAGUUACAGUUUUAUUCAAUAGACCAACUUCUCCCAUUGAUAUUGGUUCAGUUUGUCGAAACAUUCAAGUUUCAAUACUGUUUCAUGUCAUUCAGAAAGUGUUUUGCAAGCGCCUCAAGAAUUGAUUAAUAUUGUUCAGACGAUUGUAUGGACUAGUUUACAAGUAAAAAGCUUGGCAAUAAACAAUCAUUUCAAUAGAAUUGUGGUUUCAGCUAGAUCUGGAGACUUGCUGAAACAUUUUCGUCAAACUAAUCGAUACUCAGACUCAGUUUGAAUCUUCUAAUACAAUUGAUCCAAAUCUCCAGUUAUAGCAUGUAUCUAAAAAGGUGAUUUAACACCCUAAAAUUGCUAUUGAAGAACCAAAAUAUGCAAACCAUCUAUAUGAUAAAUAUGUCUAAGUGAACAACCUAUGUUAACACGUCCAGAUGUUGCAUUUACAAAUACUUGUAGAGUAUACAUUUUUCAAUAAGUGAAAUUUAGGAAACAAUUGAUGGCCAAAUAAUAUUAUUUUGAACCUUCAGAAGUAAUUGAACAAAAUUUGGUCAGUUUUUUUAUAUGAUUAAAGGCGAAAAAUCGAAAAUUCUCUCGUGUUGGAAAAUAACAGCGUCUCCAAUGGCAUAUACCGAGAUAUCCUCUCGACACUCUCAAUAUUUUACAAACCUCUCUCCUUUCGAUUAGAUUUGCGCGCCAUCCACUUCCAUUUUCUGUCUGGAGAAGGCCGUCUAUCCGUCCGUGUUGAAUUAUAGGGACUUCAAACUUUUGCAGUUCAUUCGUCUCUCGCCUUGAUGAAGGCCCUUGUGGACAACUUACACUAAAUUCGUCUCCAUGUCUUGAGCAAGAUAAUUCAUUCCCGCUCGACACUCGCUGGCAAACGAUGUUGACUCAACAUAUGUGUGAAAAUUAAGUUUGCUCAUGUGGGUAAAUACUACAACUUUCGAAAUAUAGGACUAUUUAAAGCUUGCUCGAUUUGUUCCCAAUAUUCUUUCUUGAUACCAACCAAAAAUUUGUAUAGAGUUCACUACGAUCUGGACGCCACCACACGACAUACUUCAGAAACAACAUAAAUGGCUUCAAACCCCUUAUACCAACGGCGCUGGUAGAAUAAAAUUUGUUCUUGUUACUUCUCGGGAGUGAGCAGCCUUUUUGUUUGUCAGUACUAACAACAAUAUGAAGCAGUAUUAGAAAAAAUGUAAAAAAUCAAUGGAAGAGUAUAAUUUGAACGAAAACAAACAAAAUCUGUUCAGGUGUAGGCCGAUAAAAAACAGUAAAUUUUUCAUUGAUAAUUGUAUCAUUACACUAUUAGAAAUAAAAAAAAAUUGUUUAAUCGUUUACGAUAAGAGCAGAAGAUAGGGCGUUAGUUUUUUUUAAGUUAUAGUGGUACACAUGAAUUUGUUUGUCACUGAAAAAAUAAACAUUUGUGAAAUUAUUCGAAGCAUAUUUAAAAAAUACAUUACUACACAUCA